GUUUUGUGGAUCCCGCAGCAUCAUCAUCAGAACUGCAGAGUCGUAUCUCGGCUCUGGAGGAGCAGCUGUCUGAGAAGGCUGGGCAGCUGAAGUCCAUCCAGAACGAAAUGGGCCUGAUGAAGAAGGAGCUCGCUGCUAAAGAACUGGUCCUGCAGAAAACCCGGGACGAGGUCACUGUGGCGCACACGAGGAUGGCCCAGGACAAAGAACGGGCGUCGGAAACGGAGCACAAACUGAAACAACUGCAAGAGGAGCUUAAGUGCCAGAGGCAGAACGCAGAGAGCAGCCGGCUUCAGCACCAGCAGCGCACCAAGGAGCUGGAGAAAGCGCACCAGAGGGAUUUAGCCGAGCUUCAGAAGGAGAGGCAGCGUGUGGAGAAGCAGCACCAGCAGGAGGUGAACAAGCUCAACCAGGAGCUGCAGCAGGCCAGGGCGCUCCACAACGCUCUGCAGGCCCAGGCUGACAAGCUGUCCCUGCAGAAGCAGGCGCUGGACAAAGAGCUGGAGGCUCUGAAAGAGAAGCUGAAGUGGACCGAGGGGCAGCUGAAGGAGAGCCAGAAGAAAGAGGCGCAGACCCAAGCCAAACUAACGGAAGCGGUGCGUGAGGCGGAGGGUGUGGCAGUAAAUCUGGAGCAAAGCAGGAAGAGAGAGCGAGCUCUGGAGGAGGAGGGGAGGAGACUGCAGGAGGAGCAAGCUGACACCCUGCGUCUCCUCAAAGAACUGCAGGAACAAAAAGCAGCAUCUGCUCCUCAGCCCGCCACGUUCGGACCCGUCGGACCGGGUCUCGCCUCUCAGUCUCCCUUUGCUCAGACUCCUCGAGCAGCCGCCCACAGCAGGAGGCCCGCAGCCUCCCAGGCGGAGCAGAACAGGGACGGGAGCAGGGCGGAGAUCGCAGCAGCGUAUCCUUCUGGCAGGGAGCCUGGAGAGGGAAUCGACGCCGAGCAGAUCACGCUCAACAUCGCCAACGCCGAGCGUUCACAGAAAGCGGGGCGAGGAGGAAGCGAUAAGGAGCGAGAGGACAGGAGAAACGCCCCCUUCAGCACAUCGACAGAUGUUGAAAACGCACCUGUGGGGAGUCCGAAGAUUUCUCAGGAAAACGCACAGCUUCCUAAGACCGAUCAACCCGCUUCAUCUGAGGAGCUCAAGAGGGAGAACGACCUCCUGCGCUCGGAGCUCCGCGAUGUCCGCGAAGAACUCCAGAGACGGCUGGAGGACCUGGAGGCGCAGCGACGGGCCGAGACGGAAGCGAGGACGCGUCUCAAGCAGCUCAGCCGCAAGCACUCCACCCAGGCAGCGGAGAGGGAGGAGAGGGAAAAAGACCUGAAGGCCAAGCUGGAAAACGAGAAGGCCGAGAGCGAGAGGCUGAGGAGGACCGUCGCCGCUCUGGAGGCAGAGAUGAAGAGCAGCAGAGAGGAGACGCAGGAGGAGGAGAACAGUACCGCACGAAACGACAGAGAGGUUGAGCUGGUUGAGCUGAACAUCCAGCUGAAACAUCAGCUGGCGACGGUGAAAGCUCAGCUGGCCUUAGAGCGAGAGGAGCGGGAGAGGGAGGAGGAGGAGGAGGAGAGGAAGCGAACGACAAACACAGAUGCAGACGUAAACACGGAGCUGAGCCUGAAACUCGCAGAGAUCAUGGCAGACGCUGAGGAGCUGAAGCACGGAGGAGGAGGAGAAGAAGACUCGGCAGGAGACGAGGAACUCUCCACGGUCAGCAGCCUCCUGUCUUCACCAGAGGAGCACGCACUCUUCUGCGAGUCCGCCAACCAGCGCAACGCUCUCCUGUCCGCAGAAACGCCGCGCAUCCUCCCUCCCAGCGGUCCAACACCCGGACAAACCUCAGAGCAGACGGGGCCUCCUUCCCCAGACCUCCAGCGGGAUCAGCUCGCCUCCUCUGAGCUCAGAGCAACACUGGAGGUCCUGCAGAAAAAGUGCACCAAGGAGUCAGAGCGGGCUAAAAAGUACAAAGAGAAAUUUGAGGCCCUGCAGAUCCAGGUAACUCGUCAGACCAAGGAACUGACCACAGCCUUCGAGAAGCAGAGUCAACACAUCUUAGGGCUUCUCGCUGAGCUGCAGGAGAAGGAGAGCGCCCUCUUGAGCCAGGGAGAGGAAUUGAUCCGAUGCAAGCGAGAGUUGGAUGUUCUGAAGGGAGAAAACGAGGGAGCGAAACAGACGUCGCCGACGACUGACGAGGAGACUGAAAAGAGAGAAAAGUUUGAGAAAGCAGAACUUCAGAUUGAACGAGAGAACGAGGAUAUUGCUCCUCCUCCUCCCGCUUCAGACUCAACUGUUAAAAAAGGUACAGUUCAUCCCCACGUUGAGGAUUGUGGGGCUGAAAUGCCUCGGCUGGUUGAUCGCGAAGGUGCUGCAGUAACUUCUGCAGGAAAGCAUCAAAUCUCUGCAGAGAGUCCACGCGACUCCGUUUGUGAGGUGGAAGAGGAUCCGUCCAGCCGACAUGGAGAAGGAGUAGACACGUUUACAGAACUGCUUGCUCUGAGACAGGAAAACCAGCUGCUGAGGCAGAGGAUGGAGGAGUCGGCCAACAUGGACACCAGAGACCAAACGUCGCAGACCGACGGCGGGGAUGAAGACACGGCUUCUGCCACGUGCGUUGGCGAUCUACUGACGGUACGAAAGGACGCAGCGACAGACGAGCCGCUGCGAACUAACGGGACGACCAGGAGGGAUGGUGAAGGUCAGGAUUUGGAGAGAGAAAAAAUCAGCAGCAGGACUGAGGAGGGAAGUGCUGAAGAAACGGCUGAGAUUAAGAUAAACCACCUGCAGCAGCAGCUGGAGGCGCUGCAGGGAAGAGUCAGGACUCUCACUGAGGAGACCCGGGUCCAGGCCCAGGAGCUCACGUUAUGGAGACUGGCGUCCCAGCCGGCCUCUGCGGUUCAGCAGCUGCUCAGCGACGCAGACGGUGAGAGCGAGACGCUGCCGAGUCCGUCCCCGUCGACCCGGCAGCCGACGGAGGAGCCGGCCCAGAGCCGCGCUCAGACCGUCUGCAGCGCGGUUCAGAAGAGCCAGGAUGUCGUUACGAUCAUCAGGGAGGACGAGUUCUCGCUCUGCUGCUCCUCCUCCAACAAACUGCAGGGUCGCAUGCUGUUCUCCAGACUCCAGAACAGCAGCCUUGCUGAACCAAGGGGCCUCCGGUCGUCUAAAAAGGCUAACCAGGAACACACCCAGAACGCUGCCAGGUUUGACCAGGAAUCUGAGAAAGAAAACCAGCCGCGGGUCGAGUCCGACCAAAGUGGAAAACUGUUCUGCAGGAGCACGCGAGGCCAAAUUGGACUCCUCCAGAGGAACCGGUGA